AUGCGCGUCUCUGUGCUGCAGCUUUUUCGUGAGUAUGUGCCCAAAGGGGCAUCCACUCACGUGAGCCUUGCCCUUGCCACGCCGCACGGCGUCACACGUGCCUUUCGCGCGACGGAGAUGGCGGCGGCGGCGGCGGAUGCAGAGCGAGACGCGAAAGGUUUCUUUUAUCUCCCCCGCAUUGACUACGAUGUGUCCCAGGGGGUUGCGCCACUCAUGACGAGAAAGCAGUUCGACGUUCAGUAUCAUGUUUUUCACAAAGCAGCGGUGGAUCAGCUGAAUACGCACACUUUGGGCUCCGAGCUGGAGGGGCACAACCUGAACGUUGUACUUCGCAACUCCUCCUUCGAUGCAUCGCGCGCCGUCAUCCACACUGCAGCAUCGGAGCACUUCAACUACUGCUUCUGGUAUCGUUCUCUGCGUCCGUGGGGCACGGCUGUGCCAACGCGACUCAGGGAUGGACUGCAGCUGCAGUACAGUCAAAAUGGUGCUGUAGACGCUGUGGGAGAGGUACAGCGACUGUUCGCGGUCACCGCGCUCUCCCAGCAGUCUGUUGGCGGAUGGGUGUAUCUCGUUUGGACCGGUAAGGCGUUUGACGUUCUCGCCUUCGACCACGGCACCUGCCCUCUCGGCAGUGACUUGAUUCCACUCCUAGCGCUGAACACGCACGAGUCGGCGCGUUGCUACGACUAUCCGCUUGCAGAGGGAGACGAGGAAGGGGACAAUGUGGAGCGCUUUGUUCGAAACUUCUUCAAGACAUGCAACUGGAAGCUAGCGGAGCACUAUUUCCUUCAGUGUGGUCGAGCCUAG